AUGGAAGAGUUGGAAGUACUUAGGGGCUUACACGAUGCCCUUCAAGCAUGUGUCGACGAUGACCGUGCACUCGAUGCCUUCUUCAAACAUCUCCAAGAUUGGCUGGCUGACCCAGGCCGCUUCACUCCCAGCCAGCAGCUUGAGUUUUUUGAGACGCUACGUGGGUUGCUACUAACGUCGGAAGGUUACGCGAGGCCGGUCCUAGUAGAACAUGGUUGGGAGGUGGCAAGACUUUUGGGCCCAUAUAUUGCCCCUCCGGAACUUGACCUUGAGGGCAACGCCGAAAAAGUCAGUGACAUUUCAAAGCUCUUGCUUCGAGGGAUUGCAGCAGAAUGCCAUCCUCGGGAACUUGCGAUGUUCUCCUUGGAAUACGUCAGCGAGCUUCGUUGGGAUUAUGCGGAGGAUUCAAGUAUGCUAUAUCACAAGAUGGCAGUUUUUAUGGAAUUUGCAAAUGUGUGGGUUAAAGCUAUUGGCAGGAUAAAACCGACCCGGCUUUCGGUCUUCAUGCAGAGCGCUUUGCCAACGAUACUCCGGGCCGUGGAAGUCUGUGAUCAUCUACGCAGUGUAACUUUUCCGGCGGAGACUGACAAAAGAAUUUCCAGUAUGCAUGAUGUCCUCUUGCGAUUCUAUCUGGAUGUAUUGGAAGAGCUUACUAGAGUGGUUGAUGAAGUGCGAGAGCGUGCAGAUGCAACUGAACAGGAGCGUCAGCGGUUUCUCUUGGCAUAUUUCGUUUUUGAAAUUUGUCGAGGAAGCGUGGCAAAUCUCCCUCUUGCGUUAAUGGAAAGCAAAAGCCGACGAGCGGUCUCUUAUUGGGGAGACCUGCAUCGUCUACUGGCUACAGGUCGCGCCAUAGGGCUAACGCUGUCGACCUUGCUAAGCGCCAAAUGUGGCAAUUCCAAAGCUGUCGGCGUGGAUCUACAGUGGUCAUCCGUUGGACGCUCGAUUUUCAUUGUCUUGGCGAUUGUUCAGUACACUUUAAAUGAAGCUGCGGAGAAGUCUGCCGCCGAGUGUGGGGAUUCCCCCUUAUUUUUGGAGAGGCUAAAUUCGGAAUGGCUGUUGACAGCACUGCAGACUGACAUACAGACAUUGAUCAGCAGACCAGAGCAAGUAGAUGCUGAAUUGGCGGAUAAGGCACUCUUCGCACUGGAUGUCUGUAUUCAGAGAGUACCACGUGAGAGCUUAAACAUGACCUCAUUUGAGGCGUCAACAAAUGGGACCACUUUAAAGGAGCUUGUUCUGUCCUGUUUGACAUUCAUGGCUUUAACUCCACAUCACCAACCACGCGCGAAGUGCUUCGCCCUUUUCAAAGAACUCAUUUGGCGCUUGGAGGAAGAAGCCCGUGUAUCAGUUCUGGUUCAGAUGCUAACUGACACGCCUUUGGUAAGCGUGCAAAUUGCAGCCCUCUCGAUAUUGAAGGACAAUGUACACGAAUGCUGGAACAGAUAUGAUCCCGCGCGGCCGCUCGACCGGGUGGACCACAAACCGAGGUAUUCGCUCUUUGCAGGCCCUUUCCUAACAGAAACAUUCUUGUCUGUGCUUCUCGAUCCAACCUCCAUUCCUUAUCGAGCGAUUAUGUCCGCUCAUUGCAACAUUUUGAAUGACGACGAUGCCUUCUUUGAGAAACAUGGAUUGGUCAUGCACACCCUGAAUCUGUAUUUGUACACGUUGAUUAGAGACAAGCCGGAUAUCAACAAGACCGGAUUAUGGACGCACGCUCAUCUGGAUUCCACCAUGCGUCGUAUGAUCAAACCUCUUCAAGAUCGGGUCAUUGUUCUUCAAAAGCAGGUUAGCAGAAAGUUGGCUACAGUUCAAGAUGAUAAUCCAGGAGAAACGAAGCAAGAGGAUUUAUAUUCGAAUAGCUUUUCACUCGAUCUCAUGGAUGAUGUCCUUGGUAGAGUAGUGGAUCGCAUGAACACAGGACGAGCUGUGUUGGAUGACAUGUAA